AUGGCAUCGAGCAAGGUAAUACUCAAUGUUGGCGGUGAAAUAUAUACGACAAGUGUCAGCACACUGACAGCACGCGAGAAAAACACGUUCUUUACAGACCUCUUCGCGCGUCAAUGGCAGCAAGAAUGUGAUCCCAAGGACGACAGCAUUUUCAUUGAUCGCAACGGCAAACUCUUUGCUUACGUUCUUGAGUACCUGCGUACAGGUGCAGUACCAAAUAGUGUGAAGAAUGACGAAUCGCUUCGACAAAGUCUUGUCGGUGAAGCCGAUUAUUUUCGUCUGCAAAACUUGCAGAAUAUGUUAGCCAAACCAACAUUUCCAGGUACCACGUUGUUGGAGAGUUAUCAACACAAAGAGAAAUUGAACGAAUUUUAUGGCAAACUUGAUCAACAAUGGGAAUUAAUAUAUAAAGCAUCGCGUGACGGUUACGAAGCAAAACAUUUUCACGCAAAGUGCAAUGGGAAAGGACCUACGAUGACUAUUUUUCAAUCAACUGAGAAGUUUCUAUUUGGCGGUUACACAUCAGUCCCAUGGUCUUCCGUGGUUUCCGUUAAACGUGAUACUCAGGCAUUCUUGUUUACUUUGACAAAUCCUCAUAACAUUCCACCCACGAAAUAUCUAAUCCAUCCUGACAGAGUAAAUGACGCAGUUUAUCACUUUGAAAGCUUUGGGGCUUGCUUCGGUAAACACGGUUUGUCUUGCGAUGUGAGUGUGAGCAACUUUCCCAAGGACACCAGUUACCAAAAUACAAUAUCAUUUCCUGGAGCUUAUGUUGAUACAACUGGACAUGGCAAGGAAACUUUCACUGGAAAAUCCGUCUUCGGUCUAUCCGACAUUGAAGUAUUCAAGCUCGUUCGAUAA